CGCCCUCUCCGAUCGCCGCAGCCCCGGCGCUCGGACCGUGUCUUGGCGCCGCGCGGCGCUGCUGGCGACGCGGCUGGUUCGGAGCGGGGGCAGUUCGGCGGGCCGGCUCGGCGGGGCGGCAGGAGCUGCGGCCUCUGGGAAGUGAAGGGGACGCUUCCUACUAAAUGGCCCAGUCUUUGAGGAUGGGGACUGUGACUACUCAUGUAGAUGUCGCCUCUGGCUAGACCGAGGAUUGCUUUCCCUGUGCUUCCCCGCUUCCAGUACCAGGCCUGCGGCGGAGGACCCACUGCCGGGGCUGAUGCUGUGCCGCCCUCGGGCCCGGGCCUGUGCUCCACGGUGGUUCUGCCAGUUCGAAUGUCUGUGCCUGCCCCUGUGCGUCCAUCCCUCUGGCUUGGAGUCUCUUCCUUCCUACUUGGUUUGGAUGGGGAACAACACAUCAUCAUCUUUGGGGAAGUCAGCAACUGUUCCUGUGAAUCAGAUUCAAGAAACAAUUUCUGAUAAUUGUGUGGUGAUUUUCUCAAAAACAUCUUGUUCUUACUGUGCAAUGGCAAAAAAACUUUUCCAUGACAUAAAUGUUAAGUAUAAAGUGGUGGAAUUGGACAUGCUUGAAUAUGGAAGUCAAUUUCAAGAUGCUCUCUACAAAAUGACUGGUGAAAAAACUGUACCAAGAAUAUUUAUCAAUGGAACUUUUAUUGGAGGUGCAACUGACACUCAUAGGCUUCACAAAGAAGGGAAAUUGCUUCCACUAGUUCAUCAGUGUUACUUAAAAAAAAGUUGCCGAGGAGCCCAAGUAGAAGAAAUAUGGAGUUUAGAGCCUGAGAAUUUUGAAAAAUUAAAGCCAGUUCAUGGGUUAAUUUUUCUUUUCAAGUGGCAGCCAGGAGAAGAACCAGCAGGCUCUGUAGUUCAGGACUCCAGACUUGACACAAUAUUUUUUGCCAAGCAGGUAAUUAACAAUGCUUGUGCUACCCAAGCCAUAGUAAGUGUGUUAUUGAACUGUACCCAUCAAGAUGUCCAUUUGGGAGAGACAUUAUCAGAGUUUAAGGAAUUUUCACAAAGUUUUGAUGCAGCUAUGAAAGGUUUGGCACUGAGCAAUUCAGAUGUGAUUCGACAAGUACACAACAGUUUUGCCAGACAGCAAAUGUUUGAAUUUGAUGCAAAGACAUCAGCAAAAGAAGAAGAUGCUUUUCACUUUGUCAGUUAUGUUCCUGUAAAUGGAAGAUUGUAUGAAUUAGAUGGAUUAAGAGAAGGACCGAUUGAUUUAGGUGCAUGCAAUCAAGAUGACUGGAUCAGCGCAGUGAGGCCAGUCAUAGAAAAAAGGAUACAAAAGUACAGUGAAGGUGAAAUUCGAUUUAACUUAAUGGCCAUUGUGUCUGACAGAAAAAUGAUAUAUGAACAGAAGAUAGCGGAGUUACAAAGACAACUUGCUGAGGAGGAACCCAUGGAUACAGACCAGGGUAAUAAUAUGUUAAGUGCUAUUCAGUCAGAGGUUGCCAAAAACCAGAUGCUUAUUGAAGAAGAAGUACAGAAACUAAAAAGAUAUAAGAUUGAAAAUAUCAGAAGGAAGCAUAAUUACCUGCCUUUCAUUAUGGAAUUAUUAAAGACUUUAGCAGAACACCAACAGUUAAUACCACUAGUAGAAAAGGCAAAAGAAAAACAGAAUGCAAAGAAAGCACAGGAAACCAAAUGAAGAAGAUGCUUUGGGAUGUAUACACAUUUCUGCUUCUGCACUUAUUUUCAUGGAAACGAUUAAGUAUAAAGGACUUUGAGCAUCAUCCUAAUUGACUCAAUGCACGUUUGGCAAUAGUACCAGUCUGUCUUGUCUUUAAUGCAUGGAUUCUUUCCCUACCUGCAUCAUGUGCAUGUAGUGCAUAUUAAAUAAAAGUGAUAUUCAGAGUGCUUGCCCAAAUUCCAUUAUUUGACAUUGGAUCUGAGAACUUCUGCUGUUGGUUCUGUGGAUAUAUACUAUCAAAUGAACCUAGGAAUUACACAAAUGUUAUUCUCUACCUGUAAUUGUUAUAAUUAAUCUCUCAAUCUUUUAGCUCAGUUACAUGCUUAAAAUUUAUGAAUGUCAGAUCUUGAUUAAAUUAGAUCUCUUGUUUCUCCUCAUCAUUAAUGAAAAAAAUCAGUAUUUGUGUAUGAUAUCUAAACAUUUUGAGGAUUUUAAAACUGAAUUUUAUCUUGAGAAAGUAUGGUUUUAAUGCAGAUCAUUUGAAAAAGACAAAAGUAUAGUUUCUAGUGAUUUUUAUUGCUGCCAGUAGAAAAAGUAAUAAACAUUCAGUUUAUUUUAGCCGACUUUCUUUAAGUGUUUGGGGUUAUUUGUUAUUAGAAUUAUUUCAGGAAGGUGUGAGUAUUAUGCUUCAAAGCAGAAUUUCAGGUUAAGAACAAAUGAUAAAUCUUAAAAGAUUUUUGGUGUUACUGUCAGUCUGGCAACAUUUUUUAGACUGCUAAGCUGUAUCUUUAUAAAAAAUCAGAUGUUUGACAAUUUAGGCUAUCUGCUUUGUUUAAAAAAUGCGAUGUGGUGGUGGAGAAUUCUUCUAUGCCAAUUUGAAUGAAAUUGGUACAGCCCAAUAGUUUCAAGAACCAUGUACAGUUGGCUCACAAUGGAAUUUUUAAAAUUACUUUUGGGAGUUGCUUGGUUUUUUUUUAAUUUUAUGAAAUAAUUGUAUUCUUGCUCCUAAUCUUCUCCAAGUUAAACUUUAAAGGAGAUUUUAUGGAACUUCUUUUUAUAAAGGAAAUAAUCUAGUUUUUUUUCCUUACUAGAUACAUUUCUGAAAUUGAUACAUGACUUUUUUUUUCAACAGUUUAUUAUGGAAAAGUUUAAACAUACAUAGAGCGACUGCUUAUUCAUCUUCUAGCUUCAAACACAUGAAUUUUUUAAGGAUUAUUUUAAAUCUUACUACAUUGUGGUAUUAUUAAAUAACUAAUGUGAAAAAAUCUGGUGGGAAAUUGAGUAGAAAAAUUAAUGAAAUAUUUUUCAUACAUAAUUUUAGAUGAAGGUAAUAAAGAAUUUGUAGUUUUUCAUUUGUGGGUAAAUGUAUUUUGCUCUGGAUACAAUAGUAAUUAUGGAGUGCUUUCAAAUCCAUGAUACAAUUUUAAAAAGUGAUUUCUUAAGGAUUAUUUUAGGCUCAUCUCGAUCCCAUGCAAUUAUUUCAACUUAAUUUAUAUACUCUGUUUUGUUUUGUUUUUUUAAGAUUUUUUUAGUUUGGAGUGAUCUCUACACCCAACGUGGGGCUUGAACUCACAAUGCCGAGAUCAAAAGUUGCACACUCCACUGAGUGAGCCAGCCAGGUGCCCUUAUAUACCCAUUUCAUAGAGGCUUAAAUUUCGUAAAGCAAUACAAGGAAUAUUAUAGUCAGUAGUAUCCAGUCAUCAAGACAGUGUGACACUAGCAUGAGGAUCAACAACAAAUCGAUCAGUGGAACAGAAGAGAAAUCCUAUAAAUAAAUCCACAUUUAUGUGGUUACUUGAUUUUUGACAAAGGUCGCAAAGCAAUCCAACAGAAAAAGAAAGUCUUUUCAAUAAAUGAGGCCAGAACAGCUAAACCUCCAUGUGGAAAAAAAAUGAACCAAGACCUUCCUCACAAAAAUGAAUUUGAGAUGGAUCAUUGACCUUCAUUUAAUAGCUAAAGUACAAAGGUUUUUAGAGGAAAACAUAGGUGAAUAUCUUUGUGACUUGAGUGUAGCCAAAGGUUUCUUAGGUCACAGAAAGCAAUAACCAUAAAAGAUCCAAAAUCUGUUUAUAAAAAUUAAAAACUUGUCAUUGAAAGAUGCUUUUAAUAAGAAUAACCAGUAUCAAAUGACAUUAAAAAUAGCUUUAUAAAACUGUGUUAAUAGGUAUAAGGAUAUUUUCUUAUAAUCUAAUUCUAAUAAAAUUCUUUGAUAGGAAUUUCCAUAGCUUAAGAACGGCUUAUUUUAUGUGCUGCUUCUUUGGAUAAUUGUAAAUGCAUUGUGAUCCUUCAUGAUAAUGUUUGCCAGUGAAUAAAGAAAUAUGACUUGUC